ACAAACUAACCCCUGCCCUCUUACGACAUGUGACCCCGACAAGAUUCACGUUUUCCGACCGUGACCUCAGACUAUCGUUAAACCGAUGCGCUCUUCUUAGUUUCAAUGAAACUCAGUGGUAAUUUACUAGAAACCGUUUAACUUGCAAACCUUUUUACGCUUUAGCCAGCCAGCGACUCAGCUAAGCUAACAAAACCGAACAACCGAGCUUGGAGCGGGGUAGAGGACGAUGGCCGCAAUCGAGGAGCUUUCCCCCGCAGGCCCAGUGUCUACCCGGCCACCUGAGGACGAGAUAGACGACGACGAAGAUGAAGACCUGGAUGAGACCCUUGUGGAGAGGCUGUGGGGCCUGACAGAGAUGUUCCCUGACUCGGUUCGUUCAGCUGCGGACGUUUCAGCUCAGUGCUCCGUCUCACUGCUGAAGAAGUUUUACAGUUUUUCCCGAUCUGCGCUCUGGGUAGGCACCACAUCCUUCAUGAUCCUGGUUCUGCCGGUGGUGUUUGAGACGGAGAGGCUACAGCUGGAGCAGCAGCAGCUUCAACAGCAGAGACAGAUCUUGUUGGGGCCAAACACUGCUGUGUCCGGUGGGAUGCCAGGCAUGAUGCCUCCAGCAUCUGGAAAGAUGUGAAAGAUAGGAAGAGAUGACCCGAUCUGAGAUCUGCUGCCUGCAAUAUAUCUGGGCCGCUCGCAAGAAGAGACGGGGAGACCAUGGAGAAGAGCACAGAAACGCAUCAACAGCAUUGCAUCUGGCUCCCUCCAAAUUUAUGGGACACUUCGCUCUCACUGUCUUUUCUUACCUCCAACAUCAUGCAGAGACUUAAAUUCCUGGAGCACUGCUUUUAUUUUCUAUGUUUUAUUUUAAAUAAAAAACUAAUUUCAUCUUAAAUAUGGUUUAUGUUAGCAGAACAUCUGGUAGAGAUGGAUACAUGAGAGGAAGAAAAGGUGUGUGUGUGUCUUAGUGUUUGCAGUUCUAUGGAUGGUUAUGUCCAUCUGGGUUUUUGGUCCUUCUUUGUGUACUUGCUAGUUGCACUAAUGGGAAAGAAAGUAGUUUUAAAUGACAAGCAAGUAUUAAAGAACUGUAACAGCUGGAUCCUGUCAUUGAUUAACGUUAAAUUCUGCAACAUCUAAAUGCAAAAAAAGGUGCUCUGUAUUUUUCCUGCCACCAUUUGUCACAAUAGAAAAGCCAAAUGGCAUCUCUACUUAUUUUAAACUUGGUCAUUUUGUUAUUUUCUAAAUGGGACAACUUAAUUUCAUCAUUUAUGUAUCAGUUUACGUUCUCCUUCGCUAUCCCAUGUCGCUGCUUUUUGUCUGACAUCACUGAAAGGAUAGAAGCAACAAACAUGUUUUGUGGCAAGAAGAUGUGUUCAAUAAAAAAAGAGUUCCCGACCAUGA